AUGAAAGAACCCUUACUAAUCAAACCUGGCAAAGAAAUAAUAGCAGAGUUAGAUCAAUGUUGUAGCAAAGAAAAAAAUUUGACUGAUGCUUGGGAAAAUAAAGAAAAAAACCAAAUCUGCCUUGCUCAUUCUUGCGAUAUUUGUGGAAAUCUAGCAUUUUCUUUGGAAAACAGCCACAACCAAAAAUUAAAAGAAAAUAAAAAUUUAACCACAACAAUAACAGACAGUGACGACUUAACUCAAAAAAGUGACGCUCAAGAAAUAGCCACUUUUGCUGAAAAAGCCAAAGCUGCAGUAGUAACAGUAGAAAAAGAAAGAGAUGAAUACCGCCGGCUUUAUGUAGCCGCUAAUGGUGAAGUGUUAG